AUGGCAUCUGCCAUCGAGACCUCGCCGCAGAUGCACUCCCCUCAUGCCGCCGAGGGCAGGCGACCAAGAGGCACGCCCACUCGCAUCCUGAAGAAUUCAUCACGCCGCAAGUCCUCGCCGCCCGUCUCCCCUCAGCAGCGGGAGCGGUCCAUGUCAGGCAGGGAAGUGACGCUCGCCAACACGCAAAUCAACGCCGGGCGAAGCUCCUCCUCGACCACAGGCCGGCCCCUCGGCUCUCGUCGCCAGUCGGCCGCGAGCAACCACCCGGACGACCUGCCCGAGGGUUCGCAGCGCCUCAAGUGGGACGAGGCAAACCUCUACCUCACCGAGCAGGAGCGCACGUCGACGAUGAAGAUUACGGAACCAAAGACGCCCUAUGCCAAGCACUACGACCCGGCCGAAGAUCCGUCCGACGACGACGAGGCCCCCCCGCGCGAUUACAUGGAGGCUGGUGGUUCUCUCCGCAAGGCUGCAGGCGCGCGCGCUGAAGACGACAUUCCGGGUCUUAGUCUGGGCGAACCGGAAGAGGAGGUCCCGGAAGGCCAAGCGGGGGCAGAGGCGGACGGCGAGGCCUUUCCACGCACCGGCUCGGAGAAGAGCGUUCAUGUGGAGCCCGAAGACGCCACCCCCAGCGCCGAAGACGAGAUGCUGGGCCUUUCGCCCGAGGAGCGGGAGAAGCACCGCAAGUUCGAAGCACUACGCAAGAAGCACUACGAGAUGAAGAACGUCGCGCAGCUGCUGGGGCAUCCCGAGUACAUCCCCGAGGACGAGGACGAUGACGAGGGCAGUCGAAUGCCGCCACCGCUGCCCAACGGUUCCGCCUAG